AUGGCCUGGUGCGCCAUGUUCGCCAUUGAUUUUGCGGUCAACGACGGGGUGCUGUUUUUUACGCGUGAGUUGGAGGGGCGAGGACAACGGAUAUCUGCUUGCCUUUCGGUCUUCGUUGUCUGCUCCCUUGUCGAAAAACUCCUAUGUCCCCAUGUUCUUUGGCAGUUAGUCUUCGUCUCCUACGUGUUCUUCCUCGUCUACCUACUAUUGAUGCGGAUAUUUGUGUACAAGAAUGAUGCAUCGAGAAAAAUCAUGAUCCCAUCGGCGAUCACGAUAGCCGUGUUUUGUACAUUUAUUGGAAUUUGUGAAAUGUGGUGGUUAUUCAUUAUGGUGGACGCGUUGCUGUAUGACGAUCAAAAAAGCUCGCGACGAACCAGCGACAACGAAUAUCCCAGCCGGCCGCAUAACCACCGCCAAGGAAUUGAUGGCGUUAUGGUCAUAAUGAAGCAGGGUACACAGGCUCUUGCCGAUCAGCUCAAACAGAAGUGGGCCAACGACCCUGCAAUGCCAGAACCUGGUCGUGUUUCUGUACUCGGACGCCGACCGGAAGUUGUACAUGUCCGGGGAGGCGAAAUCGGGAUUGUCCCAAUCCGACUU